CGCUUGUUCAAAACCUUCACCUCGGCCAUGCGCGUGAAGCUGCAGUGUUUGCCGCCGCUUCCGGCAUUGAAGUUCUGGUACGCGGUGGAAGGGGAAAAGAUUGAAGACCUCAAGAAGUCACUGGUAAAAAAUGUACCUGGGUUGGGGCCUACUGGAACUGGCUUGCAAGUACUUCUCGAUGAUUUCGAGCUGCUGGACUGGCAGUCAACACGCGAUCUGUUACGCGACGGGGACUUGCUUGUUUUGAAGUGCUCUGAAAAGGCCUCUGCUUCAUCUACAACGACCCAGACAGCAACUACGACGAAGCCAGCCGCUGGCAAGAAGCGCAAACGCUCACCAUCUACCAGCUCGUCCAGCUCAGACUCCUCAGAUGACUCAUCCGAUAGCUCUGAUGACACCUCGGACUCUGACGACGACUCGGACUCGGACGAUACCUCUUCGUCUGACUCCUCUUCGGAUAGCGAUUCAAGUGAUGAUGCGCCGCUUGUGCAGAGCUCAAAGAAACCGGCGAGGCAGCCACCAGCGAAGAAGCCACCAGUUGCCACAAAACCACCCGCUGUCACCCCACCGGGCCAAGGUAAAACUACUUCUCGUGAGCGAAAUCGGCGGCGACGCGCUCAACGACUACGGCAAUUGCAAGGCGGUGGCGAUGUUGCGAUGGCGCCGCCCCCGAAGGCGCUGUCGACGACGAACGGGACGCCUCUAGGCAGACCUUCGACAGCGAACGUGGCGAAUGCACUCGCGGGAAGCAUGUGGUCGGAGAUGGACCUCGAUGCGCCCCUGGAGGAUUACGAUGCACCUGUUGUGGACACCAAAGCACCUAUGGCAGGCGCCCCAGACUACAGCGAGCUCACAAUGUUCUCGCUGCGGAACAAGAACAAGAGCAAGAACUUCCGGAAGAAUCUGAAGAUGCAGGUGCCGGCGGGGCCGAAGAGGAUCGUGUUCGCUGAUGAGGCGGGGGCGGGGCAGGUGCAGAGUGGCGCAGCGACUUCAAAGGCGCAGGGUGGGGCGGCGGCUUCACAGGCGCAGAAUGGUGCGGCGACCUCGAAGGCGCAGGCUGAGUUGUAUGGGGAUGGGGCGGCAGCUUCGAAAUGUGGCACCACAUCCUCGAAAGCGCAGGCUCCCCGACACCAAGCGCGCCUCCCGCGCCUCGUCCCGCCAUCCGAGCGCACAGACCUGCCGCCGAACGUUUUCGUGACGAGCGUGGACGUCGAGGCGGGGUGGGAGGCGGACACGUCGGGAUAUAAGUACGAUACCUCUGCGUACGAGCAGACCUACGCCGAGGAGAACCAGGAUGAGGCGAAUAUCCAGCUCUCGUACAACGACGACUACGACGACGCCGCUCCCUCUCUCAAUGCCACCACGAACGCCUCCGCCCAGCCGUCACCCUACCCCGCGCUGGCCCAGUCGCUCGCCUCCGCCACCGCGUCGCAGCCCGUUGCCUCCCUUGCGCAGCUCGAGGUUGGAAAGCACGUCGGGUGGACGAGUCUGGAGCUGAACGCCGCGACGAUGACGCCGGAGGUGACGGUCGUGAUAGCGAAGGUGGUGGCGGUGGACGACGAUGGCGAGAGCGGAGACAACACCAAGCAGACGGUGACGGUGAAACGCAUACCGAAGCCGCUCGAGGGCGAGGCGCACGAGCUGCUGCUCAACGUUGCGGGGGAGGGAGGGGAGGGGGAAGAACAGGAAGAGGAGACGUUUACGCUGAAGGAGGCGGUGGAUGCGGGGUGGAGGGUGAUCUUGUAGAUGGUGGGCUGCUUGUAUAUGUGUCGAUGAACAAGACUAAGUAUAAAUAGGCGCGUGGAUGGAUACUACAUGAAUUUGCCAAUCUGCAGGCCCGUUCAAGCGGCCUCACCUUCUAACUCGCGCUCAUGCCUUUCAGGAUGGCGCCUAAGUUCGUGCGGAAAGCUGCUCUCAGUUCACCUGCCAAUGCUACAUCCGUCGGCAUGUGAAGCACUGGCGAAGCGAAGCCGCAGACACCGUUCUUUGGGUCGAUGAACUGGGCGGGCAAGGUCAGUGGGAUGGAAACGGAAGAGCUGCCAACUUGGAACUCCCCCCUGCCAAGGAAAAAGAAACUCACCCAGACUGUGGUGCGACCUCCGCCCCAGAUGGGCGCGCCCUCCCCAAGGC